AUGGCAAAGGCAUACACGCAGGAUGAUUUCGAUGAGUUAAUGGGAAAGGUUCAAAAGGUAGAUAUGCGCGUGGCAGAGUAUUUGGAAUCGGCUGGUAGAGACAAGUGGGCUAGAUUGUAUGCAUUUGUUAACCGAGGGUGGACAAUGACUUCUAACAUAGCAGAGUGCAUUAACCGACAUCUUCUAGCAGCUAGAGAACUGCCUAUAUAUGACUUUCUCAAAGAAGUUAGAAGGAUGUUUGGGAGAUGGAAUUACAAUAACCGGAGAAAUGGAACAUACACGUUCAGUACACUCGAUGAAAUCCCCUGCCCGCAUGCAUGGGCUGUCAUUAAAAAGAAAAAUCUGGUUGCUGAGGAUUAUUACUCUGAUUUGUUCAAACCGGAGACCGUGUUGAAGACAUAUGAUAUACCUGUGGAUCCUCUACCCGACGAGCGUGAAUGGAACAUUCCCAAAAACAUCUUGGAGGAUGUGGUUUUGCCACCAAGAUACAAGAGACCGCCUGGUAGGCCAAAGAAGAGGCGUGAUAAGCCUUUAAGUGAAUUGUUGUUUGGAAAGAGCAGACAUGCUUGCAGUACUUGUGGACAACUUGGGCACAACAGACGUUCAUGUAGUUUUGAGCCUAUGAGGAAGUGA